CACUCCACACCUCCAUUCAUCACUUCUUCUCCACUGUCUCUCCCUCGUUAGCGAUGGAGUUGUUGAGCAGGAGCUUCACUUUCUCUAUGCUGCCGAUGAUAUGUCUUCUAGUAAUGGCGGCAUUCUCUCGCACAGCGGAAUGCCGGUUUCAAACAGGCAGUAGAGUUUCGGCAGGCGUUGGGGGACCGGCGGCUGGGGAGCGGGAUAUAAAUGAAUGGCCGAUCAUUGAUCCAUUGCCCUCCUACGGCCGCGGAAGAGAUGCUCCUGGUGGAAGAUUCACCAGCUUCAUUAUGGGAUCCAACCUCACUGAUGUAAUUAUCACCGGUGACAACGGAACCAUUGAUGGCCAGGGAAGUUCCUGGUGGGCGAAGUUCCAUCACAAGCAGCUCAAGUACACCCGGGGCUACCUUGUUGAACUCCAACACUCUGAUCAGAUCUUUAUAUCAAAUCUCGUCUUCCUCAACUCUCCAUCCUGGAACAUCCAUCCAGUUUAUAGCAGCAACAUCAUAGUGAAAGGCAUAACAAUCUCUGCUCCAGUCAAUUCUCCAAACACUGAUGGCAUCAAUCCAGAUUCCUGCUCGCAGGUCCGAAUCGAAGAUUCCUACAUCGUGUCCGGCGACGACUGCGUGGCCAUCAAGAGCGGAUGGGAUGAGUACGGCAUCGCUGUCGGUCGACCCAGCGAGCACAUCAUCAUCCGCCGCCUCACCUGCGUCUCCCCGACCAGCGCAACCAUUGCGCUGGGGAGCGAGAUGUCAGGCGGCAUCCAGGAUGUUCGCGCCGAGGACAUAACCGCCGUCGACACCGAGUCCGGCGUGGUGCGAACCAAACCCGCCGUCGGCCGCGGCGGUUUCGUCAGGGACGUAUUCGUCCGCCGCAUGACUCUCAACACGAUGAAGUGGGCCUUCUGGAUGACUGGCAACUACAACUCCCAUCCUGAUGGGAAAUACAAUCCCGAUGCGAUUCCAGAUGUGGAAGGCAUAAACUACAGCCAUGUCGUGGCUGAAAAUGUGACGACCGCAGGGAGACUGGAAGGGAUAGAGAGGGCGCCAUUCAAGGGGAUCUGUAUGUCGAACGUGACGGUGGAGGUGAGGAAGGCGAAGAAGGCGGCGUGGGUUUGCGAGAAUGUGGAGGGCGUGGCGAGCGGCGUGACGCCGGCGCCGUGCGAUGCAUUCAAGAAUGAGGGGAUAGGAGCGGCUCAGUGUCCGUUCAGAGAGGAGAGGCUGCCCAUAGAGGAAGUGGAGGUGAGGGCCUGCACAUUGCCUUUGAGUUACAGUGUGUGAUAUGCUGUAGGAAGAAGUCUGUUGAAGAACUUAAAAAUGGGACCUUUUUAUGUAUGAGGGUUAAAAAUCUGGUUUUUGGCUUCUAUUUUAAUAUAUGAAGGUGAUGGAGAAUAUGUCUCAUAAGUGGAACUUAGUAUAAUACUGGAUUAAAUGCCUAAGGUGAUUUUAUCACUUGCUGAAUGAAUAUUGGAUUUUUAAUGAA